GUUUUGCACUUCGUCCACUUUCAGCACCAGCCACGUCCUCAGGCGCCCACCAACACUCGUCGCUCAAGAUGGCAAACAGAGGAUACGAUGUCGUUGUCGACGUCGACACAGAAGGCGACCUAGGCCACACCGACCUCCAAGACGACGACCUAGAAUUCCACUCAUCAAGUACGUCGCCCGCGGCAUCACACUUUUGGAUUCACUGUCGAAGUGCGUACUAAUUCGCGGGGCUCGCCGAGUAGACUUCGAGUCGAGUUCCUCGAGCCGCAAAGUCCAGCCCGACACUCCCUUCCUCUCGAGCUCCACCAACCCAGCCAACCUGCCCAACGACCCCUCGUCCAUGCCGCAGAAACACAUGCUCUGGUCGCUGUCCUUCUACGCGCAGUUCUUCGACGUCGACACCUCCACCGUGCUGCAUCGGUGUCGCUCCGCCAUCCUCCCCUUCAUCCCCAACACGCCCCCGUUCCUCGACAUCAUGGACGGCAACCCGGACCUGUACGGCCCAUUUUGGAUCGCGACGACCGUGGUGGUAAUUCUGUUCCUCACGGGGACGAUAAGCCACAAGCUGGCGACGGAAGGGAAAAAGCACUUCGAGUAUGACUUUAAACUGCUCAGCGGCGCCGCGGGCCUGAUCUACGGAUAUACGCUCUUCAUCCCCCUGGGUCUCUGGGGGGCGCUCCGCUGGUUCGGUGCUCAGUCUCUCGAGCUGGUGGAAUGCUGGGCGCUCUACGGGUACAGUAAUCUAUUCUGGAUCGCCGUGGCGUUGGUGUCGUGGUCGCCACUGAAUGGACUCAACUACGCCCUCGUGGGGCUGGGCUAUGCGGUCAGCGUGUUCUUCUUGGUCAAGAACCUGUAUCCCGUGAUCAGUGCGACGGAGAAGAAGAUCAGUCAGGUUUUGCUGCUGGCCGUGGUGUUGCUGCAUGCCGGCCUGGCCAUCGCCAUCAAGAUCUUGUUUUUCAGCCACAAGAGUCCGGCGAAGGAUGAUGACAGCAAGAUGUUGUUCUAGCCCUGCUUUUUUCCAUGGCAUUGGAGGCGGUCAUCAAGGACUUGGAAGGCAUGCUAACGGCCACGUGGGUUAUAAUGGUACAUGUAUCAACAAGAGGACACAGGAAACGGGCACGAGUCACUCCUCUGGGUUAGAGUGACUAUCAAUGAUGAUAAAAUGUCCGCCAGACUCGAGUUCACCGCCAAAAUUACAUUGGCUUCUUCAUACUAUUGUCUGGCUCUGCCGUAGCAAUCCGUAUAGACUCCGAGCAUGGGAGUUAACAUGCAUUGAAAAUAGCUGCAUUGACGAUAUCUAGCCUG